GCGCGGGUACACUCUGCCGUGGGAUUUCGUGGACGCGCUCGGACUUUAGCGGCAGCAGCAAGAUGCCGGCGGUGUCGAAAGGAGACGGAAUGCGCGGCCUGGCCGUCUUUAUCUCCGAUAUUAGGAACUGUAAAAGCAAAGAGGCAGAAAUCAAGAGGAUAAACAAAGAAUUGGCGAACAUUCGCUCCAAGUUUAAAGGAGACAAAGCGCUGGAUGGCUACAGCAAGAAGAAAUACGUGUGCAAGCUGCUCUUCAUCUUCCUCUUGGGCCACGACAUUGACUUCGGCCACAUGGAGGCCGUCAACCUUCUCAGCUCCAAUAAGUACACAGAGAAGCAGAUCGGCUACCUGUUCAUCUCGGUGUUGGUGAACUCCAACAGCGACCUCAUCCGGCUCAUCAACAACGCCAUCAAGAACGACCUGUCGAGCCGCAAUCCCACUUUCAUGAACCUGGCGCUGCACUGCAUCGCCAACGUGGGCAGCCGGGAGAUGGCAGAGGCCUUCGCCGCCGACAUCCCGCGCAUCCUGGUGGCGGGAGACACCAUGGACAGCGUGAAGCAGAGUGCAGCCCUCUGCCUGCUGCGCCUCAACCGGACCUCACCGGACCUGGUGCCUAUGGGCGAGUGGACCUCCCGUGUGGUGCACUUGCUGAACGACCAGCACCUGGGAGUGGUGACUGCAGCCACCAGCCUCAUCACCACGCUCGCCCAGAAGAACCCCGAGGAGUUCAAGACCUCUGUGUCUCUGGCAGUUGCAAGGCUCAGCAGGAUCGUGACGUCGGCUUCCACAGACCUGCAAGAUUACACCUACUAUUUUGUCCCGGCGCCAUGGCUGUCCGUGAAGCUUCUGCGCCUUCUGCAGUGCUACCCACCCCCAGAGGACGCAGCUAUCCGGGGCAGGCUGAGCGAGUGCCUGGAGACCAUACUGAACAAGGCCCAGGAGCCGCCCAAGUCCAAGAAGGUGCAACACUCCAAUGCCAAGAACGCCGUGCUGUUUGAGGCCAUCAGCCUGAUCAUCCACCACGACAGUGAGCCCACUCUGUUGGUGCGGGCGUGUAACCAGCUGGGCCAGUUCCUGCAGCACCGGGAGACCAACCUGCGCUACCUGGCCCUGGAAAGCAUGUGUACACUGGCCAGCUCCGAGUUCUCCCAUGAGGCCGUCAAGACUCACAUUGAGACCGUCAUCAACGCCCUGAAGACGGAGAGGGACGUCAGCGUCAGACAGAGAGCAGUGGACCUCCUCUAUGCCAUGUGUGACCGCAGCAACGUGCAGCAGAUCGUGGCAGAGAUGCUAAACUACCUGGAGACUGCGGAUUACUCCAUCCGGGAGGAGAUAGUCCUGAAGGUGGCCAUCUUGGCCGAGAAGUAUGCAGUGGACUACACGUGGUAUGUAGACACCAUUCUGAACCUGAUCCGCAUCGCUGGGGACUACGUCAGCGAGGAGGUGUGGUACCGUGUCAUCCAGAUCGUCAUCAACCGCGAUGAUGUGCAGGGCUAUGCUGCCAAGACCGUCUUCGAGGCCCUGCAAGCCCCAGCCUGCCAUGAGAACCUGGUAAAGGUCGGGGGAUACAUCCUGGGGGAGUUCGGGAACCUGAUUGCCGGGGACCCGCGCUCAAGUCCGCUGGUUCAGUUCAACCUGCUGCACUCCAAGUUCCACCUGUGCUCAGUGCCCAGUCGUGCCCUUCUGCUCUCCACCUACAUCAAGUUCAUCAACCUGUUCCCUGAGGUGAAGGGCACCAUCCAGGAGGUGCUGCGCUCCGACAGCCAGCUGCGCAACGCUGAUGUGGAGCUGCAGCAGCGCGCCGUGGAGUACCUGCGCCUCAGCUGCAUCGCCAGCACCGACAUCCUGGCCACAGUGCUGGAGGAGAUGCCCCCCUUCCCCGAGCGGGAGUCAUCCAUCCUGGCCAAGCUGAAGAGGAAAAAGGGGCCCGGAAUGGUGCCCGACAUCGAGGAAGGCCGCAAGGAUAAGAACGUGAACGGAGGCAUGGAGCCCAUCAGCACCAAUGCCACCACCAAGACCUCUUCUUUUGUCUCCACUGGUGACCUCUUGACCCCUGAGCCACCCCCCUUCAAUCGUCCACGCCCUGUGUCAUCAUCCUCGUCCUCCUUGCUGCCGGCCCCCCUCACGCCGCUGCCACCAUCUGGGCCCCCAGCAGGCCCUGCUUUGCAGUCAACGCCGUCGCCGUCCACUGACCUGCUGAGCUUAGGCAGCAGCCCCGCCCUGUCCUCGGCCCCUCCCUCCUCCUCAGCCGGAGGCCUGCUGGUGGACGUUUUCACAGAAAACCACGCCCCCGCUGCCCCGGGGGUCCCCAUGGGACCUGUAGCCGAUGACAACUUCUCAAGGUUCGUGUGCAAGAAUAACGGCGUCCUGUUUGAAAAUCAGCUGGUACAGAUCGGUCUGAAGUCAGAGUUCAGGCAGAACCUGGGUCGCAUGUACAUCUUCUUUGGCAACAAAACCUCCACGCAGUUCCUCAAUUUCUCAUCCUCUGUUAUCUGCCAGGACUCUCUCAAAACACAACUCAGCAUUCACAUCAAGCCCGCUGACCCUACUGUGGACGGAGGAGCCCAGCUACAGCAGAUCCUCAACAUCGAAUGUGUGUCUGACUUUGUGGAGGCACCGGUCUUGAGCAUCCAGUUCAGGUAUGGGGGCACUUUGCAGAACAUUGCCGUCAAGCUGCCCAUCACCCUAAACAAGUUCUUCCAGCCCACGGAGAUGACAUCACAGGACUUCUUCCAGCGCUGGAAGCAGCUUAGCUCUCCUCAGCAGGAGGUACAGAAGAUCUUCAAAGCCAAGCAUUCCAUGGACACUGAGGUCACCAAAGCCAAGAUCAUUGGGUUUGGUGUGGCCUUGUUGGACCGAGUGGAUCCCAACCCGUCAAACUUUGUUGGCGCGGGAGUGAUCCACACGAAGACGACGCAGGUGGGCUGCUUAUUGAGGCUGGAGCCCAACACGCAGGCACAGAUGUACCGUCUCACACUACGGACAAGCAGGGACACUGUAUCGCAGCGGCUCUGUGAACUGCUGUCAGAUCAGUUUUAGGCUGCUGCUGUGGUGGUGAUGUGCUUUGCCUGGGCCGCCAUGUGCCCAGUCUGCUACACCAGUGAUCAGAUCUUUGUGUUUCAUCUCCCCUCCUCCUCUUUGAUAUUUACAUUUAAAUUGCUUCAAUGUACAGUGUAAAUUUUUUUGUUAUUUUUUUACAUAUAUAAAUGAUUACCUUUUGUCACUCAGCUUUACUAAUAAUUCACGGUUUUUUGUCUACUGUUCUAUAUCCCUGCGCAUGUGCAAGCUUCAUAUAUGGGCUUCAGUUCAGCAGACAAAGCUGCUUUUAGCCCCCUUGCCGUUUUGAAAAUGAUGGUUUAGCCUGUGUCAUCUGAGUCUAAAGGAGCCAUGACACUGCCCUGUGAUUGGUCAGUUUAACUGAUGGGGCGCCCUGUGAUUGGUCAGUUUACCUGGUUGGGCGCGCUUGUGGUGUCACAUGGUUAGAGACCGUGUUUGACUGUGUGGUUCCUGUGCUGCCAGACCCUUUGCACUGUGUGAUGGAGCUUCCACCAUUGUGCCUUCAGGGCCAGGGUUCCCCAGCAAGGCCCAGCCCAUGUGAGAAUGGACACACGUCGCCCCCGGUGACCCUGUGCUUUGUACCACAGUGGUUAACUUCACUCUGACAGAUAUUAGCCAGCCUGUGAAACACCUGCUCUUUCAGCUAGACCCCAGUUCGGUGGUGUAGGGGCCCACUGACACCCACAGUGCAGUUUGCUUGUUGGCCUGCGCAUGCUGGGAUUGGCCCCACCCCCCAACCUCCAUAUAUGUCUGAAUUGCCAAGCUGUUCAAAUAAGUGCCUCUAUUAAAUCACAGCGACAGCCAUCAGUGCCUCGGUGGCGCUCAGGUGAGUACAGGGUGGUGCCCAGUGUGUCCUGCAGUGAUACUGGCUGCAUUGUCUCCUCUGUCCAGCAUGGUGAGCUGCUAACAGUGUGAAUAUUUUCCACUGAUUGGAUGCUUUUCUAAAGGCAGCCAGUGAGCAAGGCAAAAUUAACCUCGCCGGACUGGGUUUGGUGGGACUCGUGUCUACAGUAGAAGUCAUUUAUUGUGACACAAAGCCAUCCCUAGAGUUUUUCCAUAUGCCGUUUUUCUUUCUACUGUUCGGAAUGGCGAAAGAAAAUGUGGGACAUGUAUGGAUCUGUGAAAAUUUUAACUAUUCUCAAGUAACCACAGGUUUGUGAUUUGAGACGAUGCUCUGAUGCCCUGUGACGAUUGGCCACUUGUGGUGUCAUGUGACCGUUGACUGACAACUGCCACUGCCUUCAGCUCCUCCCUGUGCCUUCAACCAGUGGUGUUUUUCAUUUGUUUUUAAUGUCAACAAAUCUGCUCUGUAUCAUACACCAGGUUAUGGCCAUUAAACGUCAAUGUGUCACUUUU